AACAAAGUGAAGCGAAACAAAGAGUUCACACUUCAACGCCACUAAUAGUGAAAGUAAGCUUGAAGAACGGGAAUACUGAAAGAGUGUUAAAUUAUCCUGCGGUUAGCGGAAAUGGCGCAUCAAGUGCAGCAGGUUUUCAAAACGGCCCUCAAGGUCACGGGCCCCACAAGGUCGAUGUCGAUGGGAUCGAUAGAUGCUAACCUAUCGCCAAAGCGCACCCAAAGCUUCCAUGUAUCCGCCCAGCGUGACUAUCCAGCGGCCGCAGCACUACCCCUGCCGGCAAACAUAGAUCCAGCGGAAACUACGCGUUUCUCGCCGCAACGUACCCGAGAUAUCAACUCAACUGCCAUUCUGACGCACCAGUCUUCCUACGUGGCAAACCACAUCGACGUCACUGUGGACAACUCCUCAAAUGCAGAUCCACAUGUUCAAUCGUAUGAUUGUCGCGGUACGGUCAGUCUAAAUUCCGCUAUGCAAAGCAACGUACCGAGCCCAUUCGGAGGAAUGCACAAGUUUACCCAUCUGAACAUGCCCGGCGGUGGUUGGGCUCAGGAGGGCAAAUUCCUAGCACAAGAUUUGCAUUCGUCUCACUACAUCAACCUGCGCAAGGAAGUGCGUUCGGACUGGUCCAACUAUGAGGACAGGCCUCAGAAAGGUAGUACAUUAGGCUUGCUUGAACGCACUAACUUAUUAUUGCCCCAGCAAAGUGUAGCAUUUAGUAAUUACGGUAACAUUAGGAAGUUUUCAUUGAACCACACUGCAUUGGCAAAAGAAAUUCCAAAAGAUACUAAACAAACGACUGAGGAACUGGCAUCAACAGCGACAGGCGAAUCACCAGCAACUCCCAUGACUCGUAAAGAACAACUCAAAAAGGCAGUUAAGGAGUACGGAUCCACCGUGAUUGUUUUUCACGUUGGAAUCAGUCUCGUUUCCUUAGGUGCUUGCUAUCUUUUGGUUUCUAGCGGAAUAGACAUGGUAGCCUUAUUGGAGCGCUUCGGAUGGGGUGACUCAGCAUUAGCUAGCAAGGCAGGCACUGGAGCUAGCACGUUUGUGAUCGCAUAUGCAAUCCAUAAAGUAUUUGCACCGGUUAGAAUUAGCAUAACUCUAGGCGCCACGCCGUUUAUUGUGCGGGUGCUACGGAAGAGAUUCGGCAAUAAGUAGGCUAUUUGUUGCUUAUCGACUAGUUUUUAGAACGAUUUCACGGCAAUAUUUUCAAUAAGAUCAUAUCCAAAAGCGUGUAAAUAUGUGAACACCUAUAUAUUUGCACACUUUUAGUUGCUUGUUUUUUUUUAUCAAUUUCCAAUUUUCCGCAAAAAUAUUCGACAUAUCCAAUUUCCGUAGCACCUUAAGUUCUCCUUAAAUAUUGUGUUUAGAGUAGAAAAAAACGAUUGCAUCAAACAUAAAUUUGUAAUGUUUAUGUUAUCUUUAA